UCAGGGGGGCAGUUCUGCAGGUUCGGCUGAUUUGAUCAUUGAGGCAUGAUUAAAUUGAGUCGACCAUGGCUCGAAACAGCCCCGUCUGGAGCCGCUCACAGUCUGCAGAUCCGGCGAGGUCCACGGAAAACGAGGCCGGGCUCGGCGGGUCGGAACCCGGCAGACUCAUCGCAGCAGCCCCUCACAAAGACACCUGGGCCGACCCUGCUGAUCCAGAGACAGGAGAUGGCCGCCUUCUUCAGACUGUUCGAUGAUGAUCUAAUACAGGACUUUCUGUGGAUGGACUGCUGCUGCAAACUUACUGACAAGUAUUUGUUGGCAAUGACAUUUGUGUACUUCAGGAGGGCUCGCUUCAGUAUCGGUGAACACAGCAGAAUGAACUUCUUUCUUGCUCUCUAUCUGGCAAACACUAUGGAAGAGGAUGAGGAGGAGACCAAAUAUGAGAUCUUCCCCUGGGCUUUGGGAAAGAGCUGGAGGAAACAUUUCCCACGAUUCCUAAAGCAAAGAGACCAACUGUGGGCACGUAUUGAGUACAGAGCUGCUGUCAGCAGACGAUGCUGUGAGGAGGUGAUGGCUAUUGUGCCAUCUCAUUUCGUCUGGCAGCGGGAGCGUGCAGAGCAUCACAGUGGAGCCCAGAGACUCCAGCAAAACCGUGAAGAGAUCCUCGUUCCUCGUGGACCCACUGCUUCUCCAGAGCCUUGCUUUCUGUGUGUCAAAACUUCUGCCCUUCCUGUGCCUCGGCCAUCCUCUGCUGGACCCCACUCUUCAUCUGCACUCCUGGAGAGAAAAGCUUCACACAGAGACAGCAAGACCACCAAACCCCAGCACACCUGCAAGUACAAGCCUACCGCAGGAAGUGAUGUGGUCAGCGAAAUGUGUCAUGAUCACUCGAUGGACUGGAUCAAUGAGGAGUAGCUCCAUCAUCAGGCAGAUCAUACACUGUAUGCUCUGUUGCCUCUCAAAAUGACCUUGGACACCAUUGGGGAUUAGAGCUACAGUCAUAUGCAUUGUUCAUAUUAGAUCUAAAGAAUGUCAGUCAAUCCUCUCACUAUGUGAAGGUUUGUAAAUGCAUUGUAUCAUAAUUCUUACUGCUAUUAAUUUCUUAUUAUUGUACAAUGUAUUUCUCUAGGAUGCACUUUGUGAUUGUCAAAGACUUGGACGAAAGUGGGAAUGAAAUGUUUGGGUGUUAAAACAUUAAUGAAAUAAGUAUAACAUUUGGCCGAUAAUAUGAAUAAA